UGAUUUUGCAUUUCCGGGAGGGCUGCUUUGUUUACCAACAGUCCUCCUCCCUGUAAGCUCGGGCACACUUCUCUGGAUGGCUGUGCACAGCCAUCCAGAGCAGUGUGCUUACAGUGAAGCACACACUCCCUGCCAUCUAGUAAAACACUCCCAGCACACAGUUAACCCUUUGAUUGCCCCUUAUGAUAACCCCUUCCUGCCCAGUACCAAUAGUACAGUGUCAGUGUUCUUUUUUAGCACUGAUCACUGUAUUGGUGUCACUGGGGAUGUCAGUGACACCAAGUCAGUUCCCCCCAGUGUCAGAAUGCCCGCCGCAGUC